UUGAAUUUUUAAUUUCUGUGCAAUGUACAAUCCAAUUUUGUACUCUAAUUCAAAUAUUUUACAAAGGCGAGAUGCAAAAUAUCUCACUGAUAAUUAUUUUAAAUACAUUAAAUGGUUACCAAAUGGAGGCGAUGUAUCUUUAGAUAUCGGUUGUGGGGAUGGUGGAGUUACACAUGAAUUUUUUUUAAACAACAUGCCAAACUCAAUCGAAACGAUUGUUGCCACAGAUCUUUCAUCAGAAAUGAUUCAACAUGCUGCAAUUUCUCAUCAACAUUCAAAAAUACAAUUUCAACAACUAGACAUUGGUGUAAAAACUUUGCCGAAACAUUUUAUUGAAAAAUUUGAUCAUGUAUUUUCUUCCUACUGUUUACACUGGCUUCAUGAUCAAAGGAAAACAUUUCAGAAUAUAUAUGACGUAUUAAAACCGAACGGUGAUUUACUUGUAUCAUAUUUAGCAAAUCAUCCAUUUUAUUCACUAUUUGAAACCGUUUCUAAAUUUGAAAAAUGGAAAUCUUACAUGACAGAUUGUAACAUACGAAUACCUCCCUAUCAAAAAUGUUCGAAUACUGAAGAAGUACAUAAACAAAUUCUAGAAAGUAUUGGAUUUGACGUUAAAAUAUGUAAAUGUGAAAAGCGAACAUUUCUUUAUAAAGAUUUAAUGUCUUGGAGAAAAACUAUAGAAAGUGUAAAUCCCUUCAUUAAUCGAAUACCGGAAUCAAGUCGAAAAGAAUAUAUUGAUGAUUACAUGGCCGAAAGUCAAAAAUUUGGAUUAAUAUUAGAAAAUAAUACUGUUAAUACUCCGUAUGAAUUACUUAUUGUUUACGCAAAAAAAAGAAUAUAAUUUUUAUCUGUAGGAAAAUUUAGAUGUUUUAAACCGGAAA